AGCACGUAGCCAUAUUUGCCCAAGGCUCUGGACCCCCCUCGCACUGACUGCUCGCGCGCUGCGCCCCCGCCCAAGGGUCCGGACCUCCCUCGCGCGCAUCACCCGCGCCCUGCGCCCUCCCUCCGCCGCCAUGCCGCGGAUCCACUUCGGCCUCGGCGAGGACGAGGGCACCCUGCUCGCCACCCUCGCCCGCGGCCUCGAGGCAGAGGUGGAGGUGGACGCGGGCAGCAGCGUCGACUUCGCGAAGAACAGGGCCACACCGCUGUGGCAGCACCUGCCCUUUUGCCACGCCGCCGCGGCGCUGAUGGCGCUGAGGGUUUUCGACGCCGCCACCUCCGAGGACGACUGCCCGGCACCGCCGAGGCGGUGGACGGCGCGCGACUGGUGCUGGGGCACGAGCCCCCUGGCUCGGCGCCGCCGCCGUCCGCGGAGGCGGAGGGCUGGGCGCUGGUGGCGGCCGGCGGUGGCCGCAGGAAGCUGGGCGUCGGCGCAGGCGCCUGCACCAGCGGCGCUGCCGGAGCUGCCGUCGAGCCCAGCGAGCGGGCGGACGGCAUCGGCGGCAGGUCGAGGGCAGCGUCGGCGGCAGGGGUGCACGCGUCGCCCGCCGCGCCGCCCAUGGGGCAUCUGGCGCGGCCGGCAGCGGGAGCAGGGCCGUAGCGCCCAGCGCGCCAGGUGAGCUCUGGCCCGGCAUGGCGCUGCGCCGCGCAGGGUGUCAGCGACCGCCCGCUCCCCGCCCGCACUCGCUGCGCCCGCCCGAUCUCCUGCACGCGCUGGUGCUGCCGCAGGCCCUUUGCACGAUAAGUGUAUAAGUGUUGCCCCAAGGCGGGGCUCGACCAGUCGCAGCUCGGCGUAAAGUUUAUUUGGCUGCCGCCGGCAGUUCCCCCAAAAAUGUCUUCGUCGAUCUCUCUAUCAUCUUGUCGAUGGAAUCCGAUCUGCGUCUCGCAGGCCGCCCUUCCAUGGCUAGUAUCCAGGCUUUUGCUGAUCACGCUAUGUCCGCAGUGCCGUGGAAGCUGACCGCGUGCACCAGAGUUCAACUUGGGUUGAUAACACGCAUAUCCAAAGAGUGGAACUUUUUGUCAUGCAGGUCUCUGAUUGUGACUUGGCCGCCGCCACGGAGCAACGCUCAUCACGAUAGCAUAUCUGUCGGGCGUCGGGUAGGUGCAUGCCUCAACUCUCGCUGUCGGACUUCGCAGGAAAAGAGAGUGAGUACGCUGGUGAUGAUCUGUGCCCUGCGGUGGGGCACGGGCCUGCUGUUUGCCUGCGUCGACGGCGAGUUUCGUGUCGCACAAGCGUGCUGCUUUCCGUGACGUCGCCCAAGGGCGCGGCCUUCCAGCGAGAGUUGUGCGGCAUUUUGCAGGAGUCGUCUCUGCCCAGAUUGCGAAGAGGGACGCUGGGUCUUUGAUGUGGGGCCCAAGGUGCGCGCGCAUCACGCAACCCCAGGGCUGACCUGGGUCACUGAUUAAGAACCCCCCCCUUCCGGCAAAAGGAUAGCACUUCUCC